AUGUUGGGGGUUCGGCGUCUGCGAGAAAGCCAUACAGCAGACUAUAUUGCCGCAGAAAUUAAUGAGUUACUCCAAAAAUUGAACAUACCGAAUUCAAAAAUCGUUGGUGUGUGUACCGAUCGUGGAGCUGAUAUGCUCGCGGCGGUGAGAAAAUUGUUAGGCGAGGGAAAAAACAUUUAUUGUUUUGCUCAUCUCCUCAACUUAAUCGUACAAGAUGGAUUAGAAGACAUCAAUAAUGAGAUUUUAAAGAAUUUAAUAUCCGAAAUAAAAAAUCUGGUCACGUUUGCCAGAAAGAGCAAUGUAAAUGUUAUGGAAAAGCUGAGAGCGGAACAGGAACGGGAAGGCACAGUAGAAGGAAAAAUCAUACCUUUAGUACAAGCGGUACCAACUAAGUGGAAUUCCACCUAUCUCAUGUUGAAAAGAUUUGUAAAAUUGGCACCGUUAAUUGUACAAAUAUUAACUAAUCCCAGCAUAAAAAACGCACCAAGGAUGGUGUCAGGUGCAGACAUUCAACUGGUAUCAGAAGUGUUAAAUAUUUUUAUGCCGUUUGAUGAAGCAACUAAAGAAAUUUCAGGAAGUGACUAUAUAACAGGGAGCCUUGUUAUCUCCCUGCUUACAAUUAUUGAAACUACAUUAAAAAACAAUAACUCGAAACAUAAUGCUGCCAAAAUUUUAUGUCAAAAGUUAAGUAGCCUACAGGAAAAGGGAGUAAAAGUUCUACAAAAUCCUCUGCUAUGCCAUGCAUCCCUCUCGGAUCCCAGAUUUAAGAAAUUUUACAUGAACCCCCUCAUCGCUACUAAAGCCAUUACAAAUUUCAGCCAAGAAGUAAGACAGUACUUAUCUGAAAUUGGUAAACUUUCGCCUUUACCUCAAAUAGAUGAGGCGACAACCGAAAAUCUUCUUUGGUCAAGACAUGACCAGGUAGUGGCCAGUACUUGUCCAGUAGAACUUGAAAGUUCAUUUCCACAUGAACUGUGGCUUUACCUUCAGCAGCCCUUGGUCCCAAGAUGCAGCGACCCUUUUGUGUUUUGGGAACAGAGCAAAACUUGUAUGCCAGGUUUAUCCUUCAUAGCCCAAAAGUAUUUAUGUUUGGUCGGAAGUUCUGUGGCUUCUGAGAGGUUGGUAUCAACUUUAAAUGAUAUUGUAUCAGAUGAGAGAACUCGUCUAACCGAUCAACACAUUGUUGAAAGAGUUUUUUUAAAUAGAUUAGAAAAUAAAUAUUGGCCUUUGGGGUGA